AUGCAGGACUUCGCAUGGCUAUUGAAUGUAAGGGCAACUGGACCAAGACAGAAUGACUGGGCAGGGGUGGGAGAAUUGAAGGGGGGGAGAGGGGGGGAGAAGAGGGAAUGGGCAGCGGUGGGGGGUGGGGGAGGCUGUCCCACCAGCACUGACACAGCAUUGAAAGCACUUUAUAUUAAGAGGUUUAGAUCUCUUACUCCUGCCGUCUCAGGACUGGGCUUUGCACUGCACCACCCUACCCACCAGAGAAGAGUUCAGAGGAGCUCAAGAGUGCAGGAAGUGUUAAAUGAUGCUCCUAUUUCUAGAUGA